ACCUUCUUCGUCUUCUCCGCUUAAACCCUUCUCUCUCUCUCUCUCUCUCUCUCUCUCUCUCUCAAAGGAAAAGCCUGAGAAUCUCAUAACCUUCUUUCUCCAUCAAUGGCUUCAGUUUCCGGAACUUCGAUCACCUUAUGCUCAUUCUCAUGCUCCUUCAGGCAAAACCAGGCAUCUCCUAGGAUCUCUAGUCUCCGAUCAGUUUCACUUCCUAUCCAUGGGAAAAGCUUUACCUCUCUUAGGCUGCAGCCAGGACGCUCUCGAUUUCAAGUUUCAUGCGCGGCCAAGCCAGAGACAUUGAACAAGGUGUGCGAAAUAGUGAAGAAGCAACUUGCAUUACCAGAAGACUCUGCAAUCAGCGGAGAGUCAAAGUUUGCAGCACUUGGAGCUGAUUCUCUUGACACAGUUGAGAUUGUGAUGGGACUUGAGGAGGAGUUUGGAAUCAGUGUGGAAGAGGAGAGUGCACAGAGCAUUGCCACCGUUCAAGAUGCAGCCGAUAUGAUUGAAGAUCUCAUGAAGAAGAAGAGUGCUUAAAGAAUAGGUUAGCCUGGGGGAUUAGAUCGGCAUAGUUCCGUUUCUCAUCUUUCUUAAUCUCUAGGUGUUAAUCUUGGUUUUCGUUGCACUUUCUUGUUUCACUUUUAAUUUAUAUGUAGGAUGGAAGUCUUAUGGCUUCUUUCUUCUUGUGCUAAGUGUAUUGGCUUGAAUAUGUCAUAAAAAUAAUUUCAUUUUAUACAGAAUCUAUACGUAUUGAAUAAAUAAGCUGAACGACAUUUUUAGUUCUCA